CUUGGCCUCGGUUUUCUACCCCCCUGCAUUUCAGAUUUGAAUCAUGAGUCUCCUCAUUCCUUCCUCUCUCUCUCUCCCCUCUAUAUUAGCAUCCAAUUUCUCAACCUUCAAACCUCCAUUUUUUGAACCUCCCCUGUAUUUAUCAGCUGAAGCUUGAAAGUUGAAAGCUCUUCAACUCUUUUUGAUGGUGCUGAAACUCACGCAACUUGAAAACCAUACUCUUUCAAGUUUUGUUGCCUGUUGGGUUUGUUGCAUACAUUCCUUUUACGUUGUUUCGUUUUAAAGUUGCAAGCUUUGGAUGAUCAAUAUGGCUCAGAAGCAUUUACAUGAGCUGCUCAAAGAAGAUCAAGAGCCGUUUCUUCUCAAGAACUACAUUGCUGAUAAACGUUGCCAGCUGAAAAGACCCUCCCCAAAAACCCAUUUGCAGGUCAAAAAACGCAGACCCAUCUCCCAAGUUUCAAACUUUCCCGGAAACCUCUGCAAAAACGCUUGCCUUUUCUCUCUCCAUGACUCUCCGGACCUCAGAAAAUCUCCACUCUUUGAGUUUCCAUCACCAGCAGCCAGAAGCCCAUGCAAGAGUCCCAAUGCCAUUUUUCUUCAAAUCCCAAAUAGAACCGCAGCUCUGCUUGUCGAAGCUGCUAUGAGGAUUCAGAAACAGUCAUCAUCUUCAAAACCCAAAACCCAGAACAAAAAUCACAGCUUUGGGCUAUUUGGCUCGUUUUUGAAGAGACUAACAAAUCGAAAUCGAACCCAAAAGCGAGAAAUCAAAGGGGAUGGGGUUAAGGUCUCUGUUAAGGACAUUCUUAGGUGGGAUUCAUCAGUUGGGCGUAGAAAGAUUUCCAAUGAGGAAAAGAUUGAGUCUUGUUUGGCUGUUGAGGAGCAAACUGCUUCUGAGAUGAGCACUGGUUGUGAGGUGUGCUUUUCUUCUUCUUCUUGCACUGGUAGGCCCAGCAGUGCAGUGUGGUCUGAAACCAACGAAGACAAGUCUUUAGAUUUAGAUACUGCCUCAAGUAGCAGCCAGUCUGAGGACUCAGAAGUGAUUGAGUUUGAGACCCAACAAAGAGUAGAUUCAGCUUGUCUUUGCAAUUGUGAGAAGAUCAACAAUGGCUUCUGUGAUAGCCCUUUCCGUUUCGUGCUCCAAACAACACCCUCGCCGUCCGGCCACCGGACGCCUGAGUUUUCAUCGCCGGCGGCGUCUCCUAGUCGCCACAAACAAGAGGAGGAGGGACUGAAGAAAUUCCAAGUAGAAGAAGAGGAAGAGGAAGAUAAGGAGCAGUGCAGUCCUGUUUCUGUAUUGGACCCUCCAUUCCAAGACGAUGACGAGGGACGUGACGGUGACGGUGACGAUGAAGACGGUUUUGAUUUGGAGUGCAGCUAUGCCAAUGUACAGAGAACAAAGAAUCAGCUACUGCAGAAGCUUCGUAGAUUUGAGAAAUUGGCAGGGUUGGAUCCAAUUGAACUCGAAAAAAGAAUGUCAGAAGAAGAAGAAGAUGAUGAAUAUAACAUGGAUGAUCUAGAAGGACAAUCAGAACAAUAUGACGACGAUGAACCAGAAACAUCAGAUAGCAGGAUGGAAGAAAACCUUGAUGAGCUUGUCAGAGAAAUACUUUCCCAAUCAAACUUCCAUUGUAUCCGAAAAAGAAUCCCGGAAGACGUGAAGAGGUUAGUCUCAGAUCUCAUUGUUGAGGAACAGAAAGAAGAAGAAGAAGCUGCUUUUAGUGACAAGAGAGUAGUGGUGGUGAGAAGGGUCUGCGAGAGAUUUGAGUCCUGGAAAGAGGUGGAAUCUAACACCAUUGACAUGAUGGUUGAGCAAGAUUUCAGAAAGGAGCUUGAUGGGUGGAAGAAAAAUCAAGACCAAGUGGGAGAGACUGCAAUGGAGAUUGAGGUUGCCAUAUUUGCCCUACUGGUGGAUGAAUUGGCAAUGGAGCUAGUUUGAUUAUUAACUAGAAACUAAUGAACAACCGGGAAAGGUUUGAUGUUAAGGGACCAUUCCAAAGAGUUUUGGCACAACUUGUAAUUUUUUGUUUCGAAAUCUAAAAUAUGAACAAUUGGGAAGUAUAGUUUGACAUGCACUGUGAGGCAGAGGAAAUAGGCUUAAAAUAGUAAAGUACUUGGGUUAGGUGGGUGACAUGGUAUUAUCAAUGUAUAUGGAUUAUGUAUCAUGUAUGUAGUUGGGGGGGAGGGGGGGAGGAGAACCGGACGUAUUCGUGCGUAUUUAGACAUGACAUGUACAAUUCUUGGGCCUUUAAAUAUUUAUAUUAUUUCAUAA